ACCCGUACUCCUUGCCUGCGUGGUCCCUCUCCGGCCAAGCUCUGUGGGCGGUUCCCAGUGAACCAGAACUCGCAACCAACGUACUCUCUUUUAUAAAUCAUUAUCAAGUUUCACAAUUUCAUCAGUACCACUCAACAUGUAAUAUGCACACCUCUCUAUGAUAACAACCACAACCACCACUUCUCUCUUAUCUAUAUAAAACCUCCUCUCCUCCUCUCCACUUAUUUCCCAUACCCAGAUCUCUUACUUUUCUUUUGCCUCCUUCAAUCGAAUAUCCUCUUCGAAUACUGCAGAAUUUUUCGAAUUUUCAAUUAAAGCUUCGAUUUUUAUCUUCCGUUGUUACUCUGGUGUGAAGGAAGAAGUUUGUUUUUGUAUAAAGUUGUGUUCUUGUGGGGUAAAACCCAGGGGACGACAGGUUGUAGACAUCACGGCUAUACACGGAGUAAUUCGGCCUGUAAUUCAUGUCCAGGCUGUACGACGUGAGGGUUGUGUGAUUGAGAGCAACCCUUCGCCGCACGGUGGACGUGGUGCUUUGCCUUCUGAAGGCGGUAGUCCUUCUGAUCUUCUUUUCCUUGCUGGUGGCGGUUCCGUUCUUUUCGUUGCCUGUUAGAUUUAGGAUUAUAUAGUUUAUAUAGAUUUUUCUGUUAAAGUUGCCAGGCAAAUAAGGGUAUUUUUAGAAGAAUUAGAUCUCUCGAUUAAGAAGCAAGUUUGGUCUAUAUUGUUUUUGGGAUCUUAAAUAAAGAUGAGUGACAGUUUGAUGUUAAGGAUCAAGAGGGUACCUACUGUUGUUUCAAAUUUCCAGAAAGAGGAGGCGGAAGAUGGUGCUCGCCGUAGCGGAGGUUGCGGCCGGAAUUGCCUCCGGCACUGUUGCAUUCAAGGGGCGAAGCUGCCUCUGUAUGCUUUCAGGAGAGAGAACAAGAUUGUUGGUGAGAAGGGUGUACUCGAACAUGAAUGCGAGCCUCCCGUUGCUUUCCUUGACUCGCUUGUUCUUGGGGAGUGGGAGGAUCGUUUUCAGAGGGGGCUAUUUCGCUACGAUGUCACUGCCUGUGAAACCAAGGUGAUUCCGGGCCAGUAUGGUUUCAUUGCCCAGCUGAAUGAGGGCCGUCACUUGAAGAAGAGGCCAACUGAAUUCCGUGUUGACAAGGUCCUCCAGCCGUUUGAUGGGAACAAAUUCAACUUCACUAAAGUUGGUCAGGAAGAGGUGCUCUUCCAGUUUGAAGCGAGUGAAGAUGGUGAAGUUCAGUUCUAUCCAAGUGUCCCUAUUGAUGUUGAGAAUUCUCCAAGCGUGGUUGCCAUUAAUGUUAGUCCUAUUGAGUAUGGGCAUGUUCUGUUGAUCCCACGUAUCCUAGAGUGCUUGCCACAGAGGAUAGACCGAGAAAGCUUAUUGCUUGCUAUUUACAUGGCUGCUGAAGCUGGCAAUCCAUACUUUCGAUUGGGUUACAACAGCUUGGGGGCAUUUGCUACCAUCAACCACCUUCACUUCCAGGCUUACUACUUGGCUGAGCAAUUUCCCAUUGAGAAGGCAGCCACUAAGAAGAUAAACACUUUGGAUAAUGGAGUGAAAAUCUCUGAGCUUAUAAAUUACCCUGUUAGAGGCCUUCUAUUUGAGGGUGGAAACACUCUGCAAGAUUUAUCCAACACUCUUUCUGAUGCUUGCAUUUGCCUUCAAGACAACAACAUACCUUAUAAUGUGCUUAUCUCUGAUUGUGGAAAGCGGAACUUUCUCUUGCCACAGUGUUAUGCUGAGAAACAAGCACUUGGGGAAGUGAAUCCUGAAAUUCUUGAUACCCAAGUAAACCCAGCUGUUUGGGAGAUUAGUGGCCAUAUGGUGUUGAAGAGGAAGAAAGACUUUGAAGAGGCGACUGAGGAGAACGCUUGGAGGCUGCUUGCAGAGGUUUCUCUAUCAGAAGCAAGAUUCCAGGAAGUGAAUGCCCUUAUCUUUGAAGCCAUUUCCUGUAGCGACAAUCGCAGUGAAAAUGAUGUUGAGGACUUGCCUGAGGACUCGAACGUCGAAUCCCUUGAAGUGGAUGCUAUUAACAAAAGCUCUGGCACCGGCACCGCUAUGGUGACUGGAAAUCAAGAAUGCCUUGUUCUGCAGUAAGGUUUGGCUUGAUGAGCAAACCAGUUGUGUUUCAGUCUGGCAUGUAAAGUAAUUCCUAUUAUUAGUGGCAGUAGCCUAAAUAAGCGAAACUAGGUUUGCACCAUCGAAACUUGGUUUGCCUUGUUCUAGUGCCAUUCAUGGUUUGUUAUUCAUAACCAUUUAUGCUUGAGUAUUCAGCUUAUUGGUCAUGUAAUAUUAUCCUAUUUGUACGUACUACAUUGGAUUGCCAAAUACUCUUAUGGAAAGUUUGCUGUUAUAGUGUAAAUAA